AUGGUACUGUGGCAUUUGCUGGAUAACUCCUUGGGAUCAAUCCCUUGGGAUCUCUGGGCGUUCCUUGUAGUCUAUCAUCGUUAGUGGUUGGUUUAGUCUGUACUUAUUUGACUGUAAUAUAUUCGAAUAUUGAGUUCACUGUCCUAUGUUGUGUACUUUGAUAAAUAUAUAUUUAUUCUGAUUUUAUUGUGUCACAUUUGUUUUCCUUAGCCCCUUUGUGUGGUCCCUCGUAUAUGGCUUCCUGCUGUUGCUUGUCCUAAUUGUUCAUACCCGAAUGAUCAUGCAUUUCGGUUUUGUCAGCAGUGUGGGUAUGCUCAUCGGUGUGGUUUAACAGCACAGCCGGAGACUUUGUUGCAUGUUGAUCUUCCGUCGGUUGAUGCCCGAAUUACUCAGUUGUUUGAUCGAGAGUCAGUGUAUGAUCGUCAAAAGUCUCGUUUGUCGGAUCUUUUGCUCCAGUUUCUGCGUUCUCUGCCAGUUCCUAAGGAUCUUAUGUCAGCUACUCCGUUGGAUUUGGUUUGUUUCCUCGUGUGGAAGGAUAAAACAGGGACGACACAAGUUCAUUCCAUGAGUUGUCCCCAUCAGGGCUUGAAAGGUUCGUUUUCCUGUGAAUGUACAUUUCGUCUGGCGGCGGGAACUGUGGACUCUUUAAUUGGAAACUUACGCACGAUAUUCAAAGCUAAUGAUUGCGUGGGUGAUUGGGAAGGGGGAUUUGGUUUAGGCAAUCCUGCGGCUUCUCUCUUGGUCAGCAAAUAUCUUAAAUGUGUUAAAGAGGAGCAGGCAGCCGCAGGCGUUGUUCCCCAACAGGCGAUUCCACUCUUUGUUGACAAGUUGGCCCGAUUGGCAGAUCAUAUGGAUAGCCGGCUUGUGGCCUGCCAGGACGACCCAUUGCAGACUUAUAUUUUGGCUCGGGAUCAAGCAUUUUUCAAGACUCUUUUCUUCUUGGAGGAUCGCCUGGGUGACCUCGCUCAUGUUCGCACCAAUGAAAUUCUUUGCUUUCCCAAUGAUGAUGGUUUGCUUUUUAAUCAUACAUGGGGCAAAACGCUUCGCGGUGGUAACUUGUAUCUUUUUGGUAUUCGAAGGUGUUCUAAUACACGGAUAUGCCCUGUUGCGAUUGAGGGAUACAUUUCGACGUCGCGUGUCAUGCAGAUUGAUCUCUCCCAGGGAUGUCUGUUUCGUCUGACCACAGCCCAGGGAACCAUCACAGAUUUGUCAGUAUCGUCGGAGGCUAUGAACUGCCGGUUAAAGACCUAUCUUCGCGAAGCCGGUUUAGAUGAGCGUGAGAUGGCGCAUAGUUACCUUGGCCCUUUCUGGAUCUGUGUUGGCAGAUGUUAUGAGUCAUGUUGGGUGGGAACGCGCCCACACAGCGUGUUAUUAUAUGCAAUUGGAGAAGGUUCUUUGCAUGAUAGCACCUCCGCUCUCAUGGCCGCUGCAGUGGAUGACCCUGAGCCUGUCACCGCGCUCACCAAGUUGUAUCAGGACCUCAAUGCCGUUAAGGAUUUCGUUCUCGCUUUCCCAUCAUUGUAG